GGCCCUUUGUGCGAACAGAAUGAACCUUGUCUCAGUUCCUCUUAAAAGUUGAAUCUGCUUUACAAACAAAACUGAAAGCGUUCAGUUUAGCAAACCUGAUUUAGGUCUUGAUUGGUGUAAUCAGACCUGACCUGAGCUUUGGGCACAGCAGGAAAUGAGAACAGUAGAACAGACGGGUCUUGCGCAAGUUUAAACCCAAAGACAUCUUCAGGGUGUUGUCUUAACUAAAGGAAAUAGCCCCGAGCUGUGGGGGAGCAGCAUGUACAGGAGAGGAUCCGAGCCAGCUGUCGGCAUGAAUACCGACGCCCACGACAGCAGGGCAUUCAGAAGGACCUCCGUUGUGGAGCGGGUGGCGAGGUACGGCAUGCCGGUCAUGCCCGGAGCUCUCCAGCGUAGGUCGAGACUGCAGAGGCAGCAGGAAGACGGAUCCGCUCCAGAGAGGAGCUCUCUCACCACAACCACACGCAAAAAGUACCUGAAGGAGCUGCUCCUGAGCAACUCGCUGAGCAGCGUGCUGUCCUGUCACACCCUGGAUGAAAACCCCCAGCAGGACGCAGACUGGGCUCUGUACCCGAUGGAGCACGCCUGGAUGCUGUCAGCUGUGGAGGGAAACUACGAAACUAUUCUGGAGUUCAUCUCGGAGGACCCCUUUCUGUUGACCAGGAGGGACUUCAUCAGCGGCUACUCGGUUCUGCACUGGCUGGCCAAGAGAGGCCAGGACGAGACUCUGCUGAGGCUCCUGCGCUACGCAGAGCGCGCGGAGCUCCCGGUGAACGUGAACGUGCGGGGCAGCGGCGGACUCACCCCGCUGCACGUGGCCAGCAUGCACAGACAGUACACGGUCAUCAAGCUGCUGGUCGGCGCAUUCGGUGCCAACGUGGACGCUAUGGACUACAACGGGAGGAGAGCCUGGCAGUACCUGAGGCACGAUGCGCCGCUGGAGAUGAAGGAGCUGCUGGGAACAUGGGACGAUGAGCACAGCGGCGGAGCUGCGCAACAUCCCAACAAGAACGCCAACAACAACUGCGCUGGCCCAGUCAAUUCGACCGCAUGUGAUGAGCUAGACAGCGGAGAGACGGAAGAGGUGAGCCACUGUGAGCAGAAAACACGGAAGAGGAGCAGCAGGAAGUUAGGGUCCAUUAAGAAGCUGAUGUCCUCAAUUCGUGGGAAAAAAUCCUGAGACGCUUUAACCGUGCCGAGUUCACAUAAGAAACUGCUGAAACAAAUGUUAAUGUGCACUAAAUAGGAAUCUGAUGCUUUUCCUGUAUGCAGACUGUACCAUGAGCACUAACAUUCCAGCUUGUCUUGCUGCUAAAGAACUGUUGCACUAUUUCUAGACUGAUUUAAAUAAACAUGAAAUAAAACUGCUCUUUUUGAAGUCAGACACUCUCACAGCAAGGCCUCGCCAGCAUUGGCUUAAAAACGAAAAUCAGUUCUAAAAAUAAAAACUUCACAUUUGCAUUUCAAGUUUUAUCACUGAUUUAUUUUUAUUGUCAAACAUGAGAUAAUCAGUAUCUGUACAAAAUAACUGAUGCUCCAGAUGACUUGGAUCCCUCCCUGCAGUUAGGCUCAGCAGCUGGAGGUACUGGGAGGAUGGUGCUGCGAUCCACAAACCAUCCAGCUUACAGGCCGAGCUUGGUCCUCCUCCAGUGUCUCCUCUUGGAGUUGUACCUAUAAUUUAAAAAAAGUGAUCAGAAGGAGCAAAAGGCUUUCAAAACUAACAUUCAGACAUAUUGCUACACACACCUGUAGCAGAUCAUUUUCUCCAUUCUGUUAUUUUAUGCUUUUAUAGAUUGAAAAUAUUCUAAAGACUAAACUUCCAGAGAAAUUCCACUAAUCCAUCUCAAACCCACUGUAGGUCUCACAGGACCAGUCCCUGAAUAGAACACCCAUUAAAUGUGCACAUCAGUCAAACCCAGCAGGUGUUCAGCUUUGGAGCUUCCCCAUCACCAUCAAGGUGAGGAGGAACAGGAGCUCUGCAGCAGACAUGCUCUCAGCAGGGUUAAUGACAGCACUCUACUGAUGAGUGCUGCAAUUGCAGACCUGCUUUUUCUACGCAUUAGUCAGCCAGACUUUUCUGGACUUAACCAGCUAGCUAAGCAAUUAAUGCACCACAGCUAUUGACUUAAGAAAAAACUCAACAGAACCUCCCAGAAGUAUUUAAAGGGCACAUUAGCUUUGUGAAAUGAUUCAUAGCAUUUAGGUUAAUUGUUAGUACUUUUUGGAUAUUAAAUGUCUUAAAAGAAAAUAAACCUUUUAAUAUUAUUUAGUGCAAUUUAAAUUCACAGCUGAGGGACAUUUGUACCCACAUUAUGCUCAGGAGCCAGCUAUUUUAAUCAUUUUCCCAGGUUACUAUAUCAUAUAGCUUUUUAAUGAAUAUAAUUUACCUGUUAACACCUUUUUUUUUCUUUAAACACGUUGCACUACACUGCAUCAUUUUUAACUUGUAUAUUAUGUUAGAACAUCGCUUUUUUUGUUUACUCACUGGCUGCUAUGAUCAGUAGGUAAUCAACUGAUGAACAUUUAAACAUAACCAACACAAGGAUUUGGGGGUCCGUCUAGAGUUCUGAGUGGAGCAAAUUAAAUGGAAAGUCUAUAAAUUCUUCAGAAAUGUGAACAUAUAUGAGUAUCAUCACCAUGUAAACAGUACCAGAUACAGGUAAAGAAACAGCUCCCUUUGGUUUAAAUUUAAGUUUUCUCCAGGAUUUCCAACCUCUGGAGGCUUUGCAGAGACCAGACCUAAUCCUACAGAACAUCUGACACAUCACCCAUACACUCACCUGAUCUUGUUACCGGUCUUCAUUCGGAUCCACUGUGGAAUCGGCCUGUUCUGUUUCUGCUUCUUAGCGAGGAAGCGCUUGAUCCUGAAAGUCUUGUGG